AUGGCUGCUCAUCCGGUUGGUGUAAGUCCGUUUCCUCAACCACCGGAAUAUGCUCGUCAGUAUACAGAUGCCAAUGUGGCGAAGAAGAAUGUUUUACCACCACCAGUUAUACCAUCAGAAUUUACAGUUUUUGGCGAAGAAUACAAUUUUGAGGAGGAAAUGAUACGAUCAUUGCAAUCUCAAAAAAUGCAGCAGUUAUUUUCAAGUAAUGGAGAUUGGAGAAGUGAAUUGAAGAAAUUAAACAGGAGCACGGUUGCUGCGUUCCUUGAUCUUCUCGAUAUCCUUAUACGAUGUCCAAACCAUCCAGAGCGUUUAGAGAAAAUCAAUAACUUGCGUCUUCUUUUCAUCAAUAUGCAUCAUCUGAUAAAUGAAUAUCGGCCGGUGCAGGCACGAGACGCGUUGCAAUCAAUGAUGAAAUUAUUAAUUAAAACCAUUGAGGAAGUGACGAGUCGCUUUCGCACCUAUUUAGCGAUGGGUCAUGAGGCAUUAAACCAGGUUAUAGAUGAGGUGCCUCCGGUACUUUCGGUCUCUCCAAUGCUUGAUGUUGAGGAUAUGAAUGUUGGUGAGUCGGUGAAUCAGCGAGUUGGGACAGUCGAAAAUGUAGGUAGCAAGCGAAGAAGUAGCUAUGAUGAAGCCCGAAAGACAAUCGUAUCCAGGCGAGAAGCAUGGCGAAGAGAUAUAAUGCUUUGUGAAUUGCUAGACAAUAUGGGCGAUACAGAUCUGGAAAGGAGGCUAUCACCUUCUACAAACAUAUUAAAAAAAGAUUCGCCGAAGAAUGUAUGGAUUACUCGCUGUAGCAUUUUCUUAACAAUUAUGUCCAGAACUUUUUUACGAUUGUCUAAAUUUUUAACUAGGAUGCCUGAGUCGAGCAGGCAAUGUGAAUCUAUUCACAUUCAAACUCGAAAUUCUCGUCAUUCAUUGCUAUGCGCCGAAUGCCAUAAACGAUUUCAAACAAUGCAAGAAUUAUUUUUACAUUCGGAAGUAUGUAUUAUUGAAUCAUUCGAAAAUGAGGCUAUCAGUGUGUUUUCGAAUAUGCCAUCGCUUACGGAACCAACUACUGUUUUCGUUGCUACAACGCAUGCUGGAAUUACAGCUAAAGGAGAUGAUCCCCCCGUUCUGAUACCUGAGACAAAUACUUCUACAAACUCUUUAACAUCGACAAAUCUUCCACUUUCAACGAAAUGUAAAGCAGAAUGUUCUCCAAUUAAAAAAACAGAAAUAGUAACAGUAACGGGAACGUCAAAAACAACACCCAUUUCAUUCAUGUCUGCUUCGGGAUCGGAACAACAGCAUUGGCUAUCUGCUGAAAGGUCUGAUAAAAUACCUUUUGAGUUAAAAAAUACCCGAAUAUUACAAAGUCCUGGUGGAUUGAAGAUUUAUAUAUCGAUUGAAAGGCAAUGUGGGCGAGGAAGUGAUGGAGCCAGCAAUGGAAAUGAUGACGGUGGUUGUGAGUCUCAAGGUAUGUACAAUUCUAAUGCAAUCAAUUCCAAAAGGAAAAUAAUUGGAGCACUAGCAAAUGCUAACGAUGAUGAUACUUAUCGGCCAAAAAUGGAAUGUCCUACAUGCGGUCUGGUACUUUAUAGGCAUAAUUUUGGCACCCAUUAUCGGAUACAUACUGGUGAAUUGCCUUUUGUUUGUACAUAUUGUCAAAAACGAUUCCGAACGACAUCUGCAUUGAAAGUUCAUAUCAGAGCGCACACAGGUGAAAAACCUUAUUCAUGCCCAAAAUGUUCCUACUGUUGCAUCACCAAACGUAAUCUUGAUCGUCAUAUCAUUAACAAUCAUGUCAGAGAAGGAGAAAGACGAGGACCACGAGAACGAAGAUCACGAUAUAGAAGAGAUGAGUACAGCGUCAUCAUUGAUAAUAUUGAAAUGGGUACCGUUGAGGAAAUUGAAAAAACAGACCACCAUUACGUUAUCUCUCCGGCAGAGAUAGAAAAUAGAAAUGUGGUGAAAGAGAAAGCAAAUGAUGAAGUGGAAGACAGCGACGAUAACAGACAAUCAGUUGACAUGCCUGUUCUUCCUUUACUUACCUUAUAG